GGUCCGAGUACUAGAACGACAUUGCCACGACAUGACUCAUCUCUGCCGCUGCAUCGCUCUUCUUCGAUGCAGCUUCGUCAGGGGCAGACAUCUCAGGACCAUGGCACGGGCUUGGAUUCGAUGCCCGAGCAAUUUCUUUCCCCUAACCCAUAUGCGUACACAGGAUAUGAUGCAUACACCCAAGGUGAGGGAUCUCAGCCGUAUCUCUCCACGCGAGGGAUCCCCAUGCCCGAGGAGACUCGUGUACCAGAUUUAAACCAGCACCACGUACAAUGGCCAGACAGUAUAGGAGAGGGAUAUGCUCAGGACACACCUGAUGUUAAUUGGGGCGAUGAGAACACCCAACGCGGCGUCAACACAUGCCUCCGGGGAGCAUCACGUGAUCAUGGCGUCAACACAGGCCUCCGGGGAGCAUCACAUGAUCUUGGCAACACGGUUACGUCAUUAGUUACAGAGUUCUUCAGAGGGGACGUUAUUGGCCCAUCUUUUAUCCCCCCGGAGUCACAACCAUACGCCUACAAUUACGCUUCAGGUUCGCAACAAGGAUUCGCGACUCCACCACCUACGCAGGACUCGCAGACACAUGAAGCCGAAUUGGAGUACGGCCGCGGUCUUCGUGUGCCCCGGCCACCUAAUCGCUUGUCGCCUUCCGGUCGUAAGGAAAGGCCAGGUGGUCGUCGUUAAGUAGGGUGAUUCAUCUAUGCACGUGCGCGACCCAUUGUAUCUACAUAUGUGUGUAUCAGACUUUUCAAUUUGAACAUCUAUGUAUGCUGAAAUAAAAAUGCACCAGUCA